GGAUGUUCUUCUCGCCGCAUCAUAACUGUAUACAUACAUUCCAUCGAGCUGCAUCUGCUGGAUCCGGAGGCAUUGGAAAUUGAGACGUCUAUUAUACCACGUACACGACACAAUCAAAAACCAGUACUCUCAUUCAACUUGUUACUUGGGAGAUUCCUCGUCUCGAGUAAGGUUGGAGGACUAAGAAAUGACACCGCCGUGCCUACUGUCCAGGAUCACGCAUCAGUGCUUCAACGAGAUAAGGAAGGGGUGCUCAUAUCGUCACGACCGAGACAGAUCCAUGAUAGGAUCCUCACCAACGGACAGAUUCCGAGAAGAUUAGCCUAAGACGUGAAUAAUACAACACAAUACAGCAGUUACACCACAAGCGGGGAGAGGCACCACAACACACCCUUGACUACCCCGGAUUUUCACUGCGCCGGAAUCUCCUCCCACGAACCCUGGAUCUUGGUCUUUGAAAUCAGGUACUACACACACAUACACGAGGUGUGACACCACGAUAACGAUAUACAGUACCAGACUGCUCUACAGCACGAGAUUAGGAAUCCACUCCACCUAACUUCAAACAAUGGCCGCCACUGCCGAAGCCGCGACGAUGGCGGGAUCCAACAUCACCAAAUCUUCCAUCCCUGCUCAUCCCAUCGCGGUACCAACUCACGGUGCGGGUGGUUCAUUCACCAUCCUCGCUGCCACCGUGGUACCCGGACAGGACCCUCUCACCGUCAUGAAUCUCGUACGGGACAUCGAUGGCUGGUCGCGCUGGAACAGCUUCUGUCCACAUGGCACGAUCACAUCACGUAAGGAGAAGGUGAAAGCGAACCCGGGGGAAGAAACCUGGUUGAAGAUCGGGGAUAAGGUUAAAUUCGAUGUAUAUAUGUCAGGUGAUGGACUUGUGCCAGGGAAGAAACGGAGUCGCGAGCAGGAGGUUGAGGUUACAGCUAUGGAGGAGAUGGUGGGCGGUCAGGGGGAUGGGACGGCCGUCGGACCGAAGGUUUGGCAGAGUGAGUAUCAGAAGGAGGACGCUAGGAAGGGAAGGAAGGGGUGGAGGAUUGCUUGGAAGAGUGUAGGGUGGAGUCAUUGGCAGAUGCAUAGUGAGAGGGUUAUGGAAUUUUAUGAGGAUGGAAAGGGUGGGACGGAGUACUUGUGUUGGGAGACGUGAGUAUUCUUCAAUGACCAAUGCCAGGGUCAAUGCUAACAAGAAUUUGAAAAUUUAGCUUUGGAGGUGUCUUGGGACCUGUUGUUAGAAGAACAGUCGGUGGUCAAUUGGUUGAUAGAUUUGGGGAUUAUGCCAGUGACGUGAGAGGAUUCUUUGAAUCUCCUUCUCAAUGAAUCUGAUGGUGACUGCUGCAAAGCAAGUUAUUGAGAGAUGCCUUGGGUCAUUGGGGUGCUGGUUAACGUUAAUUUCUUACAAAGUACGCCAACUUCUACGCA